GUUUUCCGGCAUCGUUUCGGAUAUUAUAAUCAAAAUGGAAGGACGGCGAUCGAGAAAUCGGAAAUAAAUAUAAUAUCUUUAUUUUAAACAGAUUUCUACAGAUUGUUUAUACAAUGACAGACAUGGAGAAUACGUCAUCUUAUUUGAAUAGCUUACCCUCAGAUUUUUCUGAUGUUCAACCCAAGACCUAUGACCCAAAUUUCAUCUCUGAAAUAAGCAGCAGGAUGCAGAUUCCAGACAGGCUCGGUGCUGUAGAGGGAGCCCCUAAUUCAAGGCAAUAUAAUUAUCCCACUCAGAUGGCUGCUGUCAGUAUGCAGGUUCCUGAUACAAUCAGUUUACAUGCAAAUAGUCCUGCACGUGACAAGUUAGAAAGAUUUGAUUUUGGAGGAAGAGGAGAUAUGAAUUAUGUAGGACUAAUAACACCACCUAGGACACUCACAAUGGAAGAAGCUUUCCCUGAAAAUUCAAUGACAGACGAUGCUGAGGAACCUGUUCAAAGACCGACACAUACUAUUUUACCAAAUGGAGAUACCCGUGGCCCAGUAAUGUUUACACCAGGAGCUUCACUUAGUGACUCACUGCUAAUCACAGAAGAAGAUGACGCAACACAGAUACGUACACAGGUGGCGAAGCUAUCUAGACGUCUGGCGAGUCUAGAACAAGAAAACCAGAGACGGAGUACCAGAGAAGUGAUUCUACACCUACCAGUCAUUCUAUACUUGUGUGCAAAAAUAUAUUCUUGGUUAUUCAGAUCGAAAUGAAGCAGUGACUAGAAAA